UGCAGAGGUUAAAUCGUCAGCUCAUUUCUCUUCCUCUAUCUCACCUGCAAUUACAUGGGGCUUGGCCGAGUCUAUGGGAUGGAGACGCAAAGCCUCUGACGUAUCGAAAUUCAGGGCACAUAGAUCUUUCCAAAAUUAGGGUUUUUCAGCUCAGAAAAUGGCCUCCAAUGGGAGCCCCACUGCUGGAAGAGUCAGUGAAACAGAGAACAGUCUCGAGAAAAUCAAGCGUCAACUGACUUCUGGUUCGGGAAGGACCUUGUUGCAGGGUCCCCUUUACAAGCGAUCAGAGACUUUGUGGAAAUGGAACGAGCGAUGGGUGAUAUUAGAUCCUACAACAGGGAAGAUGGAAUACAAGAUCCGAAGAAAUGAAACAACUAUAAAGGGAACUAUAAUAUUUGAUGCCAACAGCUCAAUUACUCUGUCCCCAGUGAACUUCCAGGGCUUGCCAAAGUAUGAUGGCUGCUGUUUUUAUAUUGGUACACCCCAGAAAAAGGAAUAUUUUCUCUGUGCAGAGACUCCUGGUGCAGCAAGAGCUUGGGUAUCCACCUUGCAUGCAUCACAAUUGGUCUUAAAAGCUCAUAGAGAAGCUGUGAAUUCACUGAGUGGGAAUGGUUCUACCAAGUUGGGAACAGUUGCAACAGUGGUGGCUGCUGCCAACUCAACAGCCUUGGAGGCAGCUAAAGAGAUUGAAGCAGCAAUGCAGAUAUCUGUGAGAGCAGCUCUGGGUAUAGUCACAAAUAAGCCAAAGGAAGGUCAUAUGGAUGAUUUAGCUAUUAUGAAGGAGACUCUCCGUGUUAAGGAUGAAGAAUUGAAACAGUUGGCGAGUGAAGUUCGUGCUAGGGACUCAACAAUCAAUGAAAUAGCUGAGAAAUUAUCUGAUACUGCUGAAGCUGCUGAGGCAGCUGCAGCUGCUGCUCAUGCCAUGGAUGAAGAUCGAAGGGCCGCUUGUACAGAAUUUGAACGUAUAAUAAAGGGCUCAGAGAACCAAUUGGAGUCAACCACAUUAAAGUUGAAAGCCUCUGAAGAAAAUGUUACGAUCUUAAAUAAAGAGAGAGAGCAACUGAUGAAACAGAGGGACUCUGCUCUUCAAGAAGCACAGCUAUGGCGUUUUGAGCUAGCAAAAGCCAGAGAACGCACUGUGAUUUUGGAAGCAGCUGUAGUCAGAGCUGAAGAGAGAGCCAGGUGUGCAGAAGAAGAGGCUGAAGCAAAAGUGAAAAGUUCUUUGGAAAAAGAGAGAGCUGCCACCAAAGAAAAGGAAGAGCUUCUAGCUUACGUGAAAAUGUUGCAAGCUCAACUUCAAAGGAAACCGAGCACCACUGAACAAGUUUUUGAGGAGAAAGAGGACUUGUGUUCUCGUGGGGAACCCAUUCCUUCAUUGACAAAGCAUGUCGACUCUUCCAACGAGAAUGUGGACAAAGCUUGUGUAAGUGAUUCGACACCAAUCCCUGUCUCCGGUGAAAACCUAAUCCAAAUUCCUUCCAGUGAGGUUGAUAUAAGGUCUAUUGGGGAGAAUGAAUGGAAUGAUUUCCAAUCAACAAAUGCAAGAAUAGCAGAUGUUAGAGAGAUUCCGACUGAGACACAGGGGAGUAGCAUCGAUAUCCCUAUUGUGGCCUCCCUAGUUGAUGAUGGCCAUAAUAACCGUGCAGAGUUGGUGUCUACAUGAUCCUGAGUUUUUUGGGCUCUUGAAAGCGGGUUUCGAUAAGAUGGGUUGAGGGUUUCAGAGGUAGAAAAGGAGACGAGAGAUUGGGGAUUGGGUUUCUUUCUAGUGAUAAGUCAUUUGCAAUUGAUAGCUCUUCGAUUGAAGCCUCUCUCUCUCUCUCUCUCUCUCUUAGAUUUGAUAUAUGGACUUGUGAGUAGCAUGUGGGAGUUGAACUGGUGAUUUUUUAUUUGUGGUUGACAAUGUUCAAGAAGACUGAAAUGGCUGCCAGGGCGGCCACCAUAGACUGCCAUUGUGUAGGGGAUUUUUUUUC